AUGACUGCCAGGAAAUUGAACCAAACGUUUACAAAUAACUCAACCCCUCCGCUUCCGCCGGGUUGGGAUGACUUUUGUACCGAGAAGAAUGGCGGAAGUUCCUUUACGACCUUACAGUUUGUGUGUCUUAUUGACAGAAACAAUUCAGGACGCUGGAAUUUUGGCGAGCUUAGGAACUACAUUAAAUCUCGAGAAAUGAAAUAUAGAUUUGAUGUGGAAUGUCUAAAUGGAGCUAAUAUUUCACUGAUCAGCCCAGCCAAGGCAAAGAAUCUGAUAGAAAUUAGGGUAGAUAAAUGUGUUAUAGAGGAUUAUUACAGCGACUGUAUAAAUCACGUGAUAAUCCCAUUUCCGGAUGAAAUGGAGUAUAUUGCUUUAACUGAUGUCGUGAUCAUGGCCGAUAUUUUUGAGAUGAUGUAUUUGGGUGGGAUUAUAGCAAACAUCACUCACGACUGCCACUGUGGAAAUGAUGAAAGUGUUGUCACAAGAAUUCUGAGCAAUCGAACUUACAAUUUUGGCGAUUCUGCGAAAAGGUACAACGAUAUGGUUGGACGAGAAAAGAAAAUGUACAAUAUCAGUGACGAGCCUGUACUCCGCGGAGCCCAGAAGAUGCACUAUGACACCUUUAAAAUUCAACAUAUCUGUAACUACUCAAAGAUGCAAACUCUUGAUUAUAGCAUAAAUACAACACCCGGAAAAUUUUACAUCAACACUAAAAAAGAGACAUCACGUUACCCUGUUCUUCAGACAUUGAAUUUUUCAUUCACAGAUAUGAGCUCUGUUUCGGAACUAUUUGAUGAUAUAGAUAAGUACUUUCCCAAGCUAAAAUUAAUGGACCUGUCCCACUGCAAUAUACAGAAACUUGACAUAGAUAUCGAUUCACUUACUAAACAACCGACCGGAAAGGUAUUGGUGGUCAACUUUACCCAUAACAACAUAACGGAGUUACAGGUAGAUGUCUUAGAGAAGUUGAUUCAGGAGGAAGGAAUGUUCGUUAAUUUCAGCCACAAUCCUCUGAACUGUGUGUGUUCUCAGGACAUGAAGGAAUUAAUUGUUUUUGUCCAGGAAAAAGAAAAGUGGACAAAACCAGAAUAUCAAAGAUAUGAAUACAUAAGAGAGAUGACAUGCCUUUAUCCAGCACGCCUAAAUGGAACGGCUCUAAAGGACCUACAAGAAAGUCAACUAAUGUGUAGUUUCCACAGAAAAUUAACCCGAUCCAUUCUUAUAGAGGCAGUGAUUCCUCUCACUGUAAUCUCUGUUCUUCUGCUUGUGAUUAUUGUUGUUAUGGUGAGAUUUAGACAGGAAAUUCGUAUUUUAUUGUAUACAAGAUUUAAUGUCGUACUACCCUGUCAGCAAGAUGAAACGAUUGAAGACAAAAAAUUCGAUGCUUUCGUGUCCUACAGCAACGAAGAUCAUGAAUGGGUCAGAAGCGUCUUUGAAGACGAUUCCAUUGAAAAGUUGAAAUGUUUCAAAUUUUGUUUACAUCACAGAGAUUUCAUGGCGGGUAAAACCAUAACAGAAAACAUCAUAGACAGCAUUGAAAGCAGCAGACACACCAUAGUCAUUGUGUCAAGGCACUUUCUGGACAGUAGUUACUGCCUCUAUGAAUUUGAAGAAGCUCUUCGACAGAGCUUAAGUGAAAAGAAACGUCAUUUAUUAGUGAUUUUGUUUGAGGACAUAGCAGAGGAAGAAAUGCCUAAAGUUUUAAAAACAUGUUUAAAGACAUUUACAUAUAUUCAUAGAGACGAUGCCAUCUUUCUUGACAGGUUGGUAUAUUCCCUGUCGUACAAACAGAAAAGGAGAAAAGAUGGAGGCAAGAAACAUUUUGUGGCGUAUGAAAAUCCUUUAUGCGAACAAACUGACAAGAAUAUGGAAAAUAUCUUUCAAAACAAUAUGCUUCAAGCGGAUAAUUCGACCCAUUUACAAAGACCUGUUAAACCGUGA